GUUGCUGUUCUUAGCCCGAACGUGCCGGCGAUGUACGAGCUACACUUUGCCGUGCCCAUGGCAGGCGCGAUCCUCUGCACCUUGAACACACGGCAUGACGCGGCCAUGGUGUCCGCGUUGCUGAAGCACUCUGCCGCCAAGGUGUUGUUUGUCGAGUCAGGCCUCCUUGAGGUUGGGAGAGCUGCUCUGAAUAACCUCGCCGGCGACCAGACUAGCGCCACGGCCCUUCCGGUCCUCAUAACCAUCGCACACGAUGGAGGCUGCAUCAACUCCGCCUACAACGACUACGAGAGUCUCAUCACAGAAGCACCAUUAGGGUUCGACAUCCGUUGGCCCCUGAAUGAGUUGGACCCCAUCGCGUUGAAUUACACGUCUGGCACAACUGCGAGGCCCAAGGGCGUGAUCUACAGCAACUGGGGCGCGUACCUCAACACUAUUGCAACGGCUCUCACGUACAACAUCACUGUUACGCCGACUUACCUGUGGACCGUGCCGAUGUUUCACGCCAAUGGGUGGAACCUAUCAUGGGGCAUCGCCAUGCAGGGCGGUACCAACGUUUGCUUGCGCCACUUCACGGCAAAGGUCGUCUUUGAUAAGAUCUCACAACACAAGGUGACGCACAUGGGCGGGGCACCCACAGUUCUCAACAUGAUCGUCAACGCACCAAGUGGUGACCGAAAGCCACUGCCAGUGAUGGUACAUAUCAUGACCGGCGGCGCCGCACGGCCGCCUAACAUCUUGUCCGGGAUGGAGGAGCUUGGAUUCAUAGUACACCAAAUGUAUGGUCUUACUGAGACUACCGGCCCGGCCACCAUCAACACAUGGAUGCCGGAGUGGGACACGUUGCCGACCGAGGAGCGCUCACGGCUCACGUUGCCGACCGACUGGGGUGAGACACCUUGUGCGUUCGUCAAGUUAAAGACUAACGUCGAUGCAACAGAAAUAGAGAUUAUAAACUACUGUCGGGAUAAGUUGCCACAUUACAUGGCACCAAAGGCGGUGGUCUUCGCUGACUUGCCCAAGACUUCGACAGGGAAGACUCAAAAGUUUAUUCUCCGUCAGAAGGCUCGGGCUAUGGGCAGCCUUGUGAAGACAGAAUCCAAAUACAGAUGUUCUCGGAUACAGAUGCGGCUCGGAUAUUAUUCGAAUAUAUUUUGCCCGAGCGCGCGCGUCUACUUUAUCAUCCCCGCGUCUACUUUAUCAUCCCCACCAUGCAGCCCGUUCGCAUCUCCUCCCACUGGCGUCGUGUCUCUGUCCUUCUUCUCCAGCCUGGUAGGGAGGGAUCAGGAGGAGGAGGUGGAGGUGCUGGACAUGGAGCGCGGCACUGUGCGGUGCGCGGCCAACUACGCGCCGCUGACGCCGCUCAGCUUCAUCCAGCGCGCCGCGGCCGUCUACGGCGACCGCCCCGCCGUGGUGUACGCGGGGAGGCGGCCAACCACGUGGAGGGAGGCCCGGGACCGGUGCGUCCGCGUGGCCGCCGCGCUCGCCACCCGGUUCGGCGUCGCGCGCGGCGAUGUGGUGGCUGUUCUCAGCCCGAACGUGCCGGCCAUGUACGAGCUACACUUCGCCGUGCCCAUGGCCGGCGCCGUCCUCUGCACGCUCAACACGCGGCACGAUGCGGCCAUGGUGUCCACCCUCCUGAAGCACUCCGAUGCCAAGGUGUUCCUCGUCGAGUCAGGCCUUCUCGGCAUCGGGAGAGACGCGCUACAGCGUCUUGCCGACUCCAGGUCCGGCGCCGCCAGCAUUCCGGUCCUCGUAACCAUCUCCGACGACACCGACUCCAUCGACCCUGACGCCUGCGGAAAUGAGUAUGAGGCUCUCAUCAAGAGUGCCCCUUCGCAUUUCGACAUCCGCUGGCCGGCGAACGAGCUGGACGCCAUCACGCUCAACUACACGUCUGGCACGACGUCGCGGCCCAAGGGCGUGAUCUACAACCACCGGGGCGUGUACCUCAACACCAUCGCCACGGCCCUCGCUUACGACAUCACUCUGAUGCCGAUGUACCUGUGGACGGUGCCCAUGUUCCACGGCAAUGGCUGGAGCAUGACGUGGGCUGUCGCCAUGCAGGGUGGCACCAACAUCUGUCUCCGCCACUUCACGGCGAGGGUCAUCUUCGACAACAUCGCACGACAUGGAGUGACACACAUGGGUGGUGCACCUACGGUUCUCAACAUGAUCGUUAAUUCGCCCGCGGUGGAUCGAAGGCCAUCGUCGGCCGAGACGGUGGUGCGUGUUAUGACGGGCGGCGCGCCGCCCCCGCCCCGCGUCCUGGCUGGAAUGGAGGAGCUUGGCUUCGUGGUAUAUCAUAUAUACGGCCUCACCGAGACGCACGGUGCAGCCACUGUGUGCACGUGGAUGCCGGAGUGGGACGCGCUGCCGGUGGAGGAGCGCGCACGGCUCAAGGCGCGGCAGGGGUUCCAUCACAUAGCGAUGGAGGAUGCCGAUGUCAAGGACCCGACCACCAUGGAGAAUGUGCCGCACGACGGCAAGACGGUGGGCGAGGUGAUGUUCCGUGGCAACACGGUCACGAGUGGGUACUACAAGGAUGUUGAUGCGACCAAAGAGUCCAUGGCGGGAGGGUGGUUGCGCACAGGGGACCUUGCCAUCCGGCACCCAGAAGGGUACAUCCAAGUCAAAGAUAGGGCCAAGGACAUCAUCAUAUCGGGCGGCGAGAACAUCAGCUCGAUAGAGGUGGAGUCCAUAAUCUUUGGCCACCCAGCGGUGCUCGAGGCAGCGGUCGUGGCGAGGCUCGACGACCAUUGGGGGGAGACACCAUGUGCCUUCGUCAAGCUGAAGGAUGGCGCAAGUGCCACAGAAGCAGAGAUCAUAGGCUUCUGUCGGGAGAAGCUGCCACACUACAUGGUGCCCAAGACAGUGGUGUUUGAGGAUUUGCCCAAAGCUUCCACCGGGAAGACACAGAAGUUUGUUCUUCGGGAGAAGGCCGGAGCGAUGGGAAGCCUCACGAAGGCCGGAAACAGCAAAUUGUAGCAUUUGUUGGUGUGGAUGGAAUAUUGUUGUAUUUUUCUUUCACAUCUUGUUGUGUCCUCAUGUAAUAUUAAGGCGGGAGCAACUAGUUAACGAGCACUUCUUCGGAAGCCUCGCAACGAUCAGCGCCAUUUGGCGCGCUCUCAGCUAUUC